CAAAUGGGGUCAACGUACCCCGACGUUGAGUUGGAAUGUGUAAAAUCGCAGGAGAAGCACUCACUCUCAAGACUGCAUCUCCACAAGGAACGCCCCCUACUCAUUAUUACGUCAUCAGCAUCCUGACCCCCGUUUAAGGCCAUUGUAAUGGGCGGUGGACUCUACAAUCUGUAUGCCGACUUUAAAGAUACGGUGGAUUUUUUAUGUAUAUAUCAGACUGAAGCUCAUCCUAAAGAGAUGUGGAAUCUAGGUUCCUUUCUAAGCAGUGUUUCUCAACACACUACAAUGGACGACAGAAAAAAGGCAGCAUUGAACUUGAUCAAGAUGGAUGAAGAACAUUACUCCAUAUUUACAUGUGACCCGUUCUCUGAUACAAAAAUCCGCUUGGUUUGCGAUAACAUGGACAACACCUUCAGACUAUCGUACAACGCCCAUCCGGAUAGAGUCUUUCUAAUACAAGGCGAAAAGCUAACCUACAUCGGACGUACUAUUUUCACGCAAGUGUCUGAACCGAUGAAGUUGAUGACAGAUGAAGCCCGGCAAUUACUUAAAGAGAUUGUCGGAUAAACAGAAUUAGUAAAUGAAAUCCUCAAUAAUAUAGAAAUGUUACAAAAUCCGUGACAUUUCGUGUAUUUUUUGUGUGAAAAACGAAAAUUUUUAACUAGACAUUGCAUUAUCAUUUAUCUAAAAACAAAUCAGGGAGCUUUUUUAAGGGUGAAAGUUGUAAAUUGAUUAAAAUCACCUCAAACGAUGUCUUUCAAUUUUAAAAUUGUUUUUUUUUUACGCCUGAAAAUAACCUAUGAUGUGUUUUGGACGAUCAAUAAUUUCUUUUGUUUUCUUUCUUCUUUUUUUCGUUUUUUUUUUUUCAACUUUUCAAAAGGUGGUGAAGGAGGUGGGGCCGGCUAUCCGCCCCUGAAUCCUAAUAGCUUUCACUAUUGAAAAUUAUAAAAAGAUAUCUUUUCGUGUCGCAUUCGAAGUUUAUACAUUAUUUGAUUAUUUUAAAGAGAUGUUUUAAUGUUUUAUUGAAUAUGUUUCUGAUCGAAAAAGAGAAAGUUAAGUAGUGUACACUAUAUCCGAAUUUCAUUAUGAAAAUUGAAACUAUAGGGGGCGACAGUCAUUUUCAUAAAAUGAACAACAGAUAACAGAUAU